GCAUUUCCCAGCGUUCCUCGAGGCGGCGGCCGUAAAGCGCGGCGGUCGAACGGCCGGUUCCGGCUGAAUGUCAGUGCGGGGCUGUGGGCCGGGGAGGAAGGUGGCUGGCGGUCCCUCCACCACCUCCGCCGCUGCCUCCUCGGCUUGUGGUGCCGCCGCGGGCGCUGGGCCGCUCGGCUGGUCGGGCAUGAGACCGUGAGGCGAGCAAGGAAUCGGAGCCGCCGACAUGUUUGGCCGCUCGCGGAGCUGGGUGGGCGGGGGCCAUGGCAAGUCCUCCCGCAACAUCCACUCCUUGGACCACCUCAAGUAUCUGUACCAUGUUUUGACCAAAAACACCACAGUCACAGAACAGAACCGGAACCUGCUAGUGGAGACCAUCCGUUCCAUCACCGAGAUCCUGAUCUGGGGGGAUCAAAAUGACAGCUCUGUAUUUGACUUCUUCCUGGAGAAGAAUAUGUUUGUUUUCUUCUUGAACAUCCUGCGGCAGAAAUCGGGCCGUUACGUGUGUGUUCAGCUGCUGCAGACCUUGAACAUCCUCUUUGAGAACAUCAGUCAUGAGACCUCACUUUAUUAUUUACUCUCUAAUAACUAUGUAAAUUCAAUCAUCGUCCAUAAAUUUGACUUUUCCGACGAGGAGAUUAUGGCAUAUUAUAUAUCAUUCUUGAAAACGCUUUCGUUAAAACUCAACAACCACACUGUUCAUUUUUUUUAUAAUGAGCACACCAAUGACUUUGCCCUGUACACAGAAGCCAUCAAAUUUUUCAACCACCCUGAAAGCAUGGUUAGAAUUGCUGUAAGAACCAUAACUUUGAACGUCUAUAAAGUGUCAUUGGAUAAUCAGGCCAUGCUGCACUAUAUCAGAGAUAAAACGGCUGUCCCUUACUUUUCCAAUUUGGUCUGGUUCAUCGGGAGUCACGUGAUCGAGCUUGAUAACUGUGUGCAGACUGAUGAGGAGCACCGCAAUCGGGGGAAACUGAGUGACCUGGUGGCUGAGCACCUGGACCACCUGCACUAUCUCAAUGACAUCCUGAUCAUCAAUUGUGAGUUCCUCAACGAUGUGCUCACGGACCACCUGCUUAACAGGCUCUUCCUGCCCCUGUACGUGUACUCGCUGGAGAACCAGGACAAGGGAGGAGAACGGCCGAAGAUCAGCCUGCCGGUGUCCCUCUAUCUUCUGUCACAGGUCUUCCUAAUUAUACACCAUGCACCGCUGGUGAACUCGUUAGCUGAAGUCAUUCUGAAUGGUGAUCUGUCUGAGAUGUACGCUAAGACUGAACAGGAUGUUCAGAGAAGUUCUGCUAAGCCCAGCAUUCGGUGCUUCAUUAAACCCACUGAGACGCUGGAGCGGUCCCUUGAGAUGAACAAGCACAAGGGCAAGAGGCGGGUGCAGAAGAGACCCAACUACAAAAACGUUGGGGAAGAAGAAGAUGAGGAGAAAGGGCCCGCCGAGGACGCCCAAGAAGAUGCUGAGAAGGCUAAAGGUACAGAGGGUGGUUCCAAAGGCAUCAAGACGAGUGGGGAGAAUGAAGAGAUCGAGAUGGUGAUCAUGGAACGCAGCAAGCUCUCGGAGCUGGCUGCCAGCACCUCUGUGCAAGAGCAGAACACCACGGACGAGGAGAAGAGCGCUGCGGCCACGAGCUAUGACAGUGCGCAGUGGAGCAGACCCUUCCUGGAUAUGGUAUACCAUGCCCUGGACAGCCCGGAUGACGAUUACCACGCCCUCUUUGUGCUCUGCCUCCUCUAUGCCAUGUCGCAUAAUAAAGGCAUGGAUCCUGAGAAAUUAGAGCGGAUCCAGCUCCCAGUGCCGAACGCGGCUGGGAAGACCACCUAUAACCAUCUCCUGGCAGAAAGGCUCAUCAGGAUCAUGAACAACGCUGCCCAGCCAGACGGGAAGAUCCGGCUGGCGACCCUGGAGCUGAGCUGCCUGCUCCUGAAGCAGCAAGUCCUGACCGGCUCCGGCUGCAUCAUUAAGGACGUGCACCUGGCCUGCCUGGAGGGCGCGAGAGAAGAAAGCGUUCACCUCGUUCGACAUUUUUAUAAGGGAGAAGAAAUCUUUCUGGACAUGUUUGAAGACGAGUACAGGAGCAUGACAAUGAAGCCCAUGAAUGUGGAAUAUCUCAUGAUGGACGCCUCCAUCCUGCUUCCUCCAACAGGCACGCCGCUAACGGGCAUUGACUUUGUGAAGCGGCUGCCAUGUGGCGACGUGGAGAAGACCCGGCGGGAUAAGUUCCCAGAAGCGGAAUUUCUGGUUCAAAGGGCCAUCCGGGUGUUCUUCAUGUUGCGUUCCCUGUCGCUGCAGCUGCGAGGGGAGCCCGAGACCCAGUUGCCACUUACUCGGGAGGAGGACCUGAUCAAAACCGAUGACGUCUUGGAUCUGAAUAACAGCGACUUGAUCGCGUGCACGGUGAUCACCAAGGAUGGCGGCAUGGUCCAGCGAUUCCUGGCUGUCGACAUUUACCAGAUGAGUCUGGUGGAGCCGGAUGUGUCCAGGCUCGGCUGGGGAGUCGUCAAGUUUGCAGGCCUUCUGCAGGACAUGCAAGUGACCGGUGUGGAUGAUGACAGCCGCGCCCUGAACAUCACCAUCCACAAGCCUGCGUCCAGCCCGCACUCCAAGCCCUUCCCCAUCCUCCAGGCCACCUUCAUCUUCUCAGACCACAUCCGCUGCAUCAUCGCCAAGCAGCGCCUGGCCAAGGGCCGCAUCCAGGCGAGGCGCAUGAAGAUGCAGAGGAUAGCGGCCCUCCUGGACCUCCCGAUCCAGCCGACGACCGAAGUCCUGGGCUUUGGACUCGGCUCCUCCUCUUCCGCCCAGCACCUGCCUUUCCGCUUCUACGACCAGGGCCGCCGGGGCAGCAGUGACCCCACGGUGCAGCGCUCUGUGUUCGCGUCUGUGGACAAGGUGCCAGGCUUCGCCGUGGCCCAGUGCAUAAACCAGCACAGCUCCCCGACCCUGUCCUCGCAGUCGCCGCCCUCUGCCAGCGGGAGCCCCAGUGACAGCGGGAGCACCAGCCGCUGCGACUCAGGAGCCGCCAGCUCGACCUCCACCCCCUCCGCCGCCCAGAGCCCAGCAGAUGCCCCCACGAUUCCAGAACAGCCUCAGCCUCGCCUUCCUGACCAGUUGGUGAUUGUCAACGAAACAGAAGCAGACUCCAAGCCCAGCAAGACUGUGGCCAGGGGCGCAGCCCUGGAGACGGCCAGCCUGUCCCCCAGCCUGGUCCCCACCCCGCAGCCCACCCUCUCCCUGCUCUGCGAGGACACUGCCGACACACUGAGCGUCGAGUCGCUGACCCUCGUGCCCCCCGUUGACCCCUGCAGCCUCCACGCCCUCACCAGCAUCCCCCCGCCGCCCGCAGUGCGCACAGAGCCCCUGGGCGAAGCCGCCGCGUGUGCAGAGCCCGCAGGCCCCGCCAGGCACUGAGUCGGCGCCGCGCCGGGGCCUCCCUUCAGUGCUCGCCCGCGGGCAGGGACCCAGUGCAGCCGGCGGGCGGGACACGUUGGGAGCAGCCCCAGCAGCCACCUUGACCACCUGGCCCUGCGCCCCCGCGUCCCAGGGAGACCGGGCUCCGCUUGAAUCUUCUUUCAACGAGCGCCUCUUCAGGGACAGGCUGGGGCUGGCGGAGACACCCGGCCAGUGCGGGUGACGGCGCUGACCGCCGCAGGGAGGAGGGCGAGCUCCUUGUCUCUGAACCCGGGUGGCAGGACCCACUGGCGCCUCUCCCUUCAGGCCACUCCGCUGUCACCACCCCCAGCGUGCACCGAAGAAUUGGACCAGGUCACUUUAGGGAGAAAUUUGUAGAAAAGUGAACUUAGAUGAUCCAUUUCCUUUGGCUAUUUAUUUCCGCUUUUGGCAGCAGAUGCAAAGCAUUUCUUUUAAAAGCAUCUAUUUUAGAAAAAAAGAGUCCAAAAAAAUCCUCAAUGCUAAGUGUUGAUGUCAUGUUAAACGUUUAAUGAUACCGUUAAGAUUUCAUUUUCACUUUCUCUUGACCUUCCCGAUGCUUUCUUUUAGGGUUCUCAGUGUGGCUGUCUCCAUUUAUUUAAGUGAUUCUUAUUUCUCUGUCACUCAGCAACUCUGCGAGCCUGCGGAAUGAUAAAGUACCUUCCUGUAAAGUCUAGAUUAUUUUUUAAACAAAAAUAAGGGAGAUACGUGUAUUCUCAGGUACACAGCUGAGAGGGCCGGAAGUUUCUCUCCUGUAGCAGCCGAGGGGCCUGUGUCACCGGCCAGAGACCUCUCCGUGGAAGGGGGACGAGCCAGCUCCCCACUCGGGAUGCGUCCCCCUCUCUGUGCUCAGACCAGACCCGCUGGGCCCCAGCGCUGUCUUCAGUGUCGGCGUCUCUGUUUGUCUAAGAAAGGGCCGUUUGGGGCCGUGAAGACUCCAGACCCGGUGGCCGUGACGGAAGUUACAGAGAGCUGCCCGCUGCCCCGUGUGUGGGUGUCUGGGAGACACCCAGGUGUGCGUGACGCAGCGCCCAGGUGGCCCUUUCCGCCUGGCAGCGGGCACGGCCGAGCGACCCCUUGCCUCUCUGGUCGGGGGUGAGACCUCCACAACUCUCCCCCAGCGCGCCCGCAGGCGUGCCCGGCAGGAGUGUCAGCGCACGGGUGCGAGUGUCCACGGAAGCCUGGCGUUAGGGUGGCCCCAGGAGGUACCCCAAGAUCUCACCAUCCACCUGUUAGAGGAACGCGGUCCUCACCGCCCCUGCCAAACCAGCUGUCGCAGCAGGGCCCGCCAGGUCGGUUUCCAGCCUCAUGAAGGAAGCCCAGUGGUCCACCAAGGAGGGCAGUGGCGCCCUGGGACAGGCUCUCCAGUCACCAGAAGCCCUGGGUGGCCGCGCCACCAGCUCCCACAGACACAGGCACAAGGACCUUUGGUUCGAGAGAGAAAAGACCCAGUUCCGCAAGGAGGCCACGUGGGCAGAGGUUCCAAGGAAGGACACGCCGUGACCAUCUGCAGAGCCCCCGGGAGGUACGAAGGACGGGGCGGAGAAGGGCAGAGGGUCUGGGGAGAAGGGACCGUGUCAUCGGGAUCUGUCACCCUGCGCCCUGGCAGCGGCCUGUUGUGCUGGAGGGCGGAGCCUGUCCCGAGCCGGCUCGCCCAGAGCCACCCACUUCCGGUUUUGAGAUGACUCCAUCUUCAGGCCCAGACAUGAGAGAGGCCGAGUGACUGGCCCACCCAGCAAGUGACACCACUCCGGUGGGCCCGGCCCUCGUGGACCGCCAGCCUGCCAUCGGGAAUCCCGGCACUCCAGCUGGCCUUGUUGUCCUGAGCGCUAAAGGAGACAGGUCUUGGGCAUGGGGGAAGGCACCCUGGAAGGACUGUGCCCCUGGCCAAAGACAGGCCUGUCCCUCAAAAGGGCUCACAAGGCCACUCCCAGGAACCUCCUUCAGCAGGGGCUGGCACCUGCCUUGGGACACCCAGACGUGUAGGGUGGGGUCCCCCGUAACCAGGGGCUCCCUGGCACUCUGCCGUGCGGUGGAGGGACACACACCCCGUGGCAGGGGUCUGGGAGCCCAGAGGAGGCAGCCAGCCCUUUUGGCUCUACAGGACCCCACCUUGCCCAGGUCUUGGUUGACUUGGUGGCAGUGGGCACUGUGGUAUCUUCAGGAGUACCCCGCCAACCUAACAAUGGGGCGCUCCCAGACAGGCCUGUUGAGACAGGACACACUGGGUCUCUGGCAUAGGAUGGCAGGAGCCAUGGCCUCUGACAUGGAGGCCAUCUGGAGUGAGCCUCCACGAGCCCUCCAGCCCGCCACCACUGAGUCCCUGCAGAAAGCACUUGCAGCCGGACCCUGCCCCCACCCCAAGUCCACACUGGCCCACGGGGCGUGCCGUGUCAGGCUGGCCACGUGGACCCCCACACCUUGGCUUUGAGAGGUGUCGUGGAGACAUGCGCUCCCAGCAGGUCCAGCCAAGGAGGGGCCUGCGAACAGGCCAGCCCCCUGCACAGCGGGCCACCUCCUGGGACCCAGCACUGGCGUCAGCAAGUAAUCCAGGGGCCGGGGGAGGGGACACCCUGAGAGACACCAGGACCUCUCUGAGCUGCGCUGUUCUUAAAGGCACAGGGUGAACUGACUUUGAUCUUGUCUAGAUGCAAUAAAUACGGAAUAUUUAAUGUAGUCAUGUUGAUGUGGGCAUAAACCUAUGGCUCCUUAUGUUCCUUUGAGCUAAGUAUGUGAAUUUUUGUCCCAGGGAGGGGAGGAGCCGGGCUAGGAGAGGCUUCUGCGCCUCGGGACGUGCUGGGGAAGUGCCUGCUUUCGCCAGCGUGACUCACGCCGCGUGGAUGCCGAACACGAGGGUGGAGAUGAAAACUGGAACUUCCUUGUAAAUUUGAACUUGGCAAUAAAAGAGAAAAGCAUUA